AUGAGCUCACACGACUACACCCAGGAGCUUCACCUGGGCAGUCUUGCCGUCCAGCGAGCCGCGCUCCUCACCAAACAAUUAUUGUCGGCAGUCGACAAGGGCUCCUUGAGCAAAAGCGAUGACUCACCUGUAACGAUUGCCGAUUUUGCCGCCCAGGCCUCCAUUAUUGCCGCGAUUCACCACACAUUCCCAAACGAUGACAUUGUCGGUGAAGAGGACGCCACGGCCCUCCGCGAGAAUCCCGUCCUCCUCGAGCGCACGUGGGAACUUGCCACAUCCAUCCACCUGGACGACGAAGCCAGCGAGUCCCUUCUAUAUACCCCACAAACCCGGGAAGAGAUGCUCGAUUUGAUCGAUCUUGGAGCUCGCGGCCAGUGCAGGCGCGGUACGCGGGCAUGGACACUUGACCCAGUAGACGGUACCGCGACCUAUAUUCGUGGUCAGCAGUACGCUGUCUGCCUGUCGCUUGUUGUCGAUGGAGAGCAAAAGCUCGGCAUUAUCGGCUGCCCGAACCUCGAUCUCGGGUCUGGGCGCGUGGCGGAGGAGCUGGUAGACCGCGACGGAUACGGGCAGCUUUUGACUGCGAUCGCCGGACAGGGGGCAUUCAUCCAGCCAAUGGGAACGGGCGCUCUUCUAUCCGGGACACAGCUGGAGCGGGUGCCACAGAUAACAGAGGCGAGCGAGGUGCGAUUCGUCGACACGCAGGAGUCAACUUCCCAACGGCUAGAUCUGCACGAGAAAAUCGCAGGACAAUUGCAGUGCCCGUGGCCGAACACUGUCGAUCUGUGGUCAGCACAGAUGCGGUAUAUUGCUAUAGCAGUGCAGGGCGGAUGUAAUUCUUUCCUCAAAGUGCCCCACAAAGCGUCGUACCGAUCGAAGAUCUGGGACCAUUCUGGUGGGAUGUUGCUUGCACAGGAGCUUGGCUGUGUGGUGACGGAUCUGGAGGGUCGACCAGUCGACUGCGGCUUGGGCCGGACAUUGGCCGAAUGUCACGGCAUGGUUGUGGCGCCUGCCUCGAUCCAUAGCCGGAUCCUGGAGGCGGUUCGGGUUGUACGGGCAGCCAAUCAAUGA